AUGCUGGCGUCGGCAAAAUCUUACUUCUUAAACGCUGCGAACAGUACUUUCCAGUACGCGAAAGAGAACCCUGGAGCAACAGCAGCUAUGGGAGCAGCCGGUAUCAUGGUAGCAGCCCCAGCUGCGGUCGUUGCACCAGCUGCUGCGCUUGCUGGUUUUGGGGCGAACGGAAUAGCUGCAGGAUCUGCGGCUGCAGGUGUGCACGCAGGAAUCGGCAAUAUCGUUGGCCACAGUGCCUUUGCUACACUUCAAAGCUACGGGAUGGCUGGAUAUGGAGUCUCUAUCGUUCACGGUAUUGUCCAGGCUGCUGGUGUAGGUCUGGGUGCUGGAACUGCUUACUCUGAAGCGAAAGGGGACUUCAAGUGUGACGGAGAUAAGCCCUCGGACGGUGGUAGCAACGCGAAAGAUAGCAAGGGAGAAAAGAAGCCGUAG